ACCAGUGUUUGUGGGUAGUUGUUUUUUUGUUUCGUAUUCUGUACCAGACAGAACUGUUUCGGUUAUUCUUUUUUGUCAUUUUUGUGUUUAGUGUUCGGUUAUUAAAUUAAAUAUGAACACGCACUACGCUGCACCUUGGUCCUCAUCUUCUUCUCUUGAAUGCCGUGACAGUGUGUGGGGGAAGUUGAUUGUGAACAACGUUGCUGCGACUGGUCCAUUUGAAUUCCUGUCUGUCCUUCCAGGAGCUAAGGGGGCAGAAAGCAGGAGCCAAUGCCUCACAGGCUGGUUCCAAUUUGGUUCACGCUGCGUCAUGCUUGUCGAUAAUACAAGAACAUGGCUCCUAGCAGAGCGGUACUGUGUGCACUUCGGAGCAAACCUUGCAUCCAUCCACAGCUCUGAAGAGUAUCAUUUCGUGCAAGAGUUGAUCAUACUACAGACAGAAGACUUUACCCCUGCCUGGAUUGGAGGAUUUGAUGCUGUUCAGACCCGAGUGUGGCUCUGGAGUGACGGCUCCAGAUUUGACUACAGGAACUGGCUCACAGGAGAACCCAAUAAUUUCGGUGGCAGAGAGCAAUGCAUGAUGAUGAACGAUGGAGGUGAAAAACGCUGGAAUGAUAUUCAAUGUGGAUCUAUAUUUCCAUCUGUGUGCUCCAAAAGGUUGUGUUAAAUCUGCCAUCAUAACAUCAACUGAACCACUUUUUUGUAAUCCCUUUUGUCAUUAAAACUGUACAGUAUUAUUGAAGAAUGUAAAUAUAUGGUAGGCCUAUAGUUUUUGUGAAUCAUAGUCAAGCAUGAGAUUUAACUUAAGGGGGAUUUUCUAUCAUGUAAAUAAGCUGUCGUCAAUCUUUUCAAUGAUGCUAAUCAUGUAAAAUGCCAUAGUGAAGUU